GUAAACAGGAAAGGGGCGUGGCCAACGAGUAGCCAGCGCCACGUUGUGGACAUAUGUCCAUGUGGAUUGCCAGGAAGUCUCCGAUAUUUUACCUGUAAUUUAUCUCCUCUGGACACACUUACACAGCUCCAAAGCUUUUCGAACUUGCUCAUUUUAUUCAUUCCGAGGCCAUGGCCUUUCUUGGGACUGCAGUUAGGCGAUUGGUGUCGGCGGGGCGCCCCCCGCUCACCACCCCACUGUGCCGCACAAAUUGUCGGACCUACAGUUCCGAGCACACCACAGAGAAGAGCGUCCCCUAUGAGAAGACACUCAAACAAGUUGACACAGUCACAUCCGGGCCAACUAAACCUUUACCGAGGUCAGCUGAUGUAGUGGUGAUCGGUGGAGGCAGUCUGGGGUGUCAGACCGUCUACCACCUUGCUAAAAUGGGCAUGACCAAUGUGGUUCUGCUGGAGAGGGACCGACUGACUGCUGGAACCACCUGGCACACAGCGGGCCUUUUGUGGCAGCUCCGCCCGAGCGACGUUGAAGUGGAGCUGCUGGCCCACACACGUAACGUAAUCAGCAAAGACCUGGAGGAAGAGACGGGCCUCCACACUGGCUGGAUCCAGAAUGGAGGACUCUUCAUCGCCUCCAACAAGCAGCGUCUGGACGAGUACAAACGCCUCAUGUCGCUGGGGAAAGUUUACGGUAUCGAAUCCCAUGUGCUGUCACCUGCUGAGACCAAGGACCUUUACCCUCUGAUGAACGUUGAUGACCUCUAUGGGACCCUUUACGUGCCCAAAGAUGGUACCAUGGAUCCUGCGGGCACCUGCACCACCCUGAGCAGAGCUGCCUCUGCUAGGGGAGCCACGGUGAUUGAGAACUGCCCUGUUACCGAUAUCAAAGUGCGCGCGGAUGACCUCGGGGUCAACAGGGUGAAGGCAGUGGAGACCCCGCACGGCACCAUCGAGACACCGUGUGUGGUCAACUGUGCAGGAGUGUGGGCCACCAAGUUGGGGAACAUGGCUGGAGUGAAGGUGCCCCUCGUUGCCAUGCAUCACGCCUACGUGGUCACAGAGAGAAUUGAAGGCAUUCAGAAUAUGCCAAAUGUGAGGGACCAUGAUGCAUCGGUGUACCUGCGUCUCCAAGGUGACGCCUUGUCCGUGGGUGGCUACGAACAAAACCCUAUCUUUUGGGAUGAGGUCUCUGAUAAAUUUGCCUUCAGCCUGUUUGACUUGGACUGGGAUGUAUUCAUGCAACAUAUCGAGGGCGCUAUCAACAGAGUUCCGGUUUUAGAACAGACUGGUAUUAAAUCCACUGUCUGUGGACCAGAAUCCUUCACAGCAGACCAUAAGCCGCUAAUGGGAGAGGCUCCAGAGGUCAGAGGUUUCUUUUUGGGCUGUGGCUUCAACAGUGCUGGUAUGAUGUUGGGAGGUGGCUGUGGUCGCGAGCUAGCUCAUUGGAUUAUCCACGGCCGCCCUGAGAAGGACAUGUAUGGAUAUGAUAUUAGGCGUUUCCAUAACUCGCUGACAGACAACCAACGCUGGAUCAGAGAGCGGAGCCACGAGUCGUACGCAAAGAAUUACUCCGUGGUGUUCCCAUUUGAUGAGCCCUUGGCGAGCAGAAACAUGAGGAAGGAUCCGUUCCAUCAGGUGCUGACAGAGCAAGGCUGCGUCUUCCAGGAGAGACACGGCUGGGAGAGACCGGGCUGGUUCACCAAGGACGGACAAGCUCCUGUUAAAGAUUACGAUUAUUAUGGCGCCUACGACGUCAAGACGAAUCAGCAGUAUAAAUACAACGAGCUGCUGGGCAAGGAAUACACCUUUGACUUCCCACCGCAUCACGAUGUGAUCAAAAGCGAGUGCCUGUCGUGCAGGCACGCCGUUGCCGUGUUUGACAUGUCCUACUUUGGAAAGUUCUAUCUCACCGGUCCAGAUGCCAAGAAAGCAGCCGAUUGGCUGUUCACUGCCGAUGUCAACAAGAAGCCAGGUUCCACUGUGUAUACCUGCAUGCUGAAUUCAAGAGGAGGGACGGAAGCUGAUCUGACAGUGAGCAGACUCGAAUCCGGAGCCGCCAACCUCCCGCUGGCACCUGAGUCAAAUGGUGAUGCGUACUACCUGGCCAUCGGAGGCGGCGUUGCCGAGCACAACUGGAACCACAUUCGAACCGUUCUCCAGGACCAGGGCUUCCGCUGCCAGCUAACGGACCACUCAGAGGACAUGGGCAUGAUCAGCAUCCAGGGACCCAAGAGUCGAGAGGUGCUACAAGAGGUGUUGGACACAGACCUCAGCAAUGAAGCCUUUCCUUUUUCCACCCACAAAGUUGUCAAAGCGGCCGGCCACCAGGUACGAGCAAUGCGUCUGUCCUUUGUCGGGGAGCUGGGCUGGGAGCUGCACGUUCCCAAAGACUCGUGCCUUCCCGUCUACCUCGCCGUCAUGGCUGCCGGCGCCAAGCACGGCAUCGUCAAUUCAGGAUACAGAGCCAUCGAUUCGCUCAGUAUAGAGAAAGGGUACCGCCACUGGCACGCCGACCUUCGCCCAGAUGACACGCCCCUGGAGGCGGGGCUAGCCUUCACUUGCAAGUUGAAAAGCUCCAUCCCCUUCCAGGGUCGCCAUCGGCUGGAGAAGCAGAAGGAGGAAGGCCUCAGGAGACGCAUCGUCUCCUUCACCAUCGACGAGAAAGUGCCAAUGUUUGGCCUGGAGGCAAUCUUUCGCAAUGGCGUCCCUGUUGGUCACCUACGGCGAGCUGACUAUGGAUUCUAUAUCGACAAGACAAUUGGUUAUGGCUACAUCCGCAAUCCCGAUGGCGGAGUGGUAAGCGCUGAUUUCAUCAAGAGUGGCGAGUUCACCCUGGAGAGAAUGGGAGUAACGUACAAGGCCACGGCCCACAUCAGAUCUCCAUUUGAUCCCGAGAACAAGCGCGUGAAAGGCAUCUACGAUUGACAUGGACAUCGACCAGAGUGAAAACCUCCUCCUCACAUGUUUCAAUCAAAUCUCAGGCAAAUACAGAACUUUUAUCCAUGCUGUGACUGGUUGGGGAUUUGACAGGCUUGAUAUCAAUGUAUGCUGAUGGUUCUGAGAUGAAAUGAAUCCAAUCUGAAUGAGCCAUCGCAAAGGGUCAUUUCUGCCCUCGGCUUUUAUGUGUAGCUGCUCGAGUUUAAUAGUGAGUUUACUCAUUAAAUGAUUCUGUAAUUAUUUCGUAAACAAGAAAGGUACCAAAUUAAUCUGAAAGAAUCAAAAGCAAAUUAGAUUUGCAUUGGAAAUAGGAAAAAAAA